AUGGCGGCGGCGCCGGGCGCGCUUCAGCGGAAUCAAACACUUCAUGAAUACUCUCCUGCACCUAUUGCGAAGCGCCAUAUGCCUCUUCUUCUCGAGACUGAGGAUGGGACCUUACUUAGCAUCCAUGGUUCCCCAAAGUUUCGCAAGCGAUAUAACAAUGGAUAUUCAACUACGGUCUGUAGUGACUUCCUGAAUGGAUUUCCAGACAGGUGGCAAAGUUGCAAGCCGUGCAAUUCUGGAAUGGACUCCACUCAAUUUUACAUGGAGAAAUUUGAGCAGGGGAGAAAUUUGAUUAGCAAAUUUCAAGACAUUUUGGGAAGUUUCUCACACAAUGGUGCUGUGUUCCAAAAAUCAUCACAUUUAUUAAAUGGAACACCCAGAUUUGAAGAAUAUACUUGUGAUGGUGAUAUCGCAACAAAUGAAAAUGCUGCUGCCUCAAGUGAAGCUGCCACAGGCGAUCAGAGAACUCCAGUAGUUUCAUUGGAGGUUCGUGGUUGCCGUAAAGGGACUCAGCACAUGUCAUUGACUGAGAAGGCAGCAGUAGAUGAAGAAAUGCCAGCUUCAGUUUAUUUGGAUAUGCAAAACUCCUUCUGUCUGUCAAAUGGAACACCAAUAUUGGAGGAAUACAUUUGUGAUGGUGAUAUUCCACCAAAUGAAGAUGCUGCUGCUUCAAAUCAUGACAGUGAAAGAUACACAGCUACAUCAAAAGAGGUGAAUAACAUGGAAAUUGGCUUGGUUACGGGCAGCCCUUCAAGAGAAAGAGGCCAUGAUGACAUUGCUACUGAUGUUUCUUUAGCUCCUACAGUGGAAUGUACUAAUAAUGCAGUCAGUGAAUUGGUACACAGUACUCCAGCAACAGGCACAUAUCGUAAAAAGACUCCUGUGGCUUCUUUGAAGAGUCAAGGUUCCUGGAAGGUCAUAGCUUCAAAUAAGAAGAAGAAGUUGAUUGAUCUGUGUCUUGGAAAGCAGCCUGUAGGCCAGCCAAAGAAACGAAUAUCUUCACAUGAAAAGUGUCGAAGUGCUACAAGAUCUCCACGGACCAGGAACCCAGCUUCAUAUGUCCUUUGGUCUCCGCUUACUCGUGAUAAGGCCACAGCGUUGUCUAUGUCCACACCUGAAGAUCUCAAACUUAAAAGAACCAGAUCAGGUCGCGUAAUAGUACCCAAAUUGGAUGAAGGGUGCCAAAGCAUUGUCUAUGGAAAGGAUGGUUUGAUCGCAGCUGUCGUUGGUCUUGAUUCACCAGCAGUGCCCAAAUGUUUGUUCUGA